AUGGAAGAGAGGGAGGAGUUGAAGUCAAUACUAGGCUACUUGCCGGUGGUGGCACGGAGCCGGAGUCUUUUCUGGCCAUCACAGGCGGUGGAGACACUCAAGGACUUGGGCAGGGGUCGUGUCAAUUCCGGGGAGGUUCUAUUCACAGCCAUCUCCGACCUCAGGCGCUCUCUUUCGGCCUCCACCUCUGAUCCUCUCACUCCUGGUGCCGCAGACGGAUACGCCCUCUUCUUCGAUGAGAUCAUGUCCAGGGAGGAAUCUGGCAAGUGGUUUGGAGAGGUGUUACCCGCAUUAGCAAAUUUGGUUUUGCGGUUGCCCUCUUUGUUGCAAGUUCACUAUCAAAAUGCAGAUGCCCGACUCAAUACUGCUCUUCGUUUACUUGAUUCACAACAACCCGGAUUAGUGCUCCUCAGCCAGGAACUAAUUAGUGCUCUUCUUGGGUGCUCUCUAUUUUGUUUGUUCCCAGUCACUGAUAGAAGUGCCAAGCAUCUCCCAACAAUCAAUUUUGAUCAUUUGUUUGCUGCUCUGUAUGACAGUUAUAAUCAAAAACAGGAGAGUAAGAUAUGGUGCAUUAUACACUACUUUGAAAAGAUAACUUCACGCAUGCCUAUGGGUUUUGUCUCGUUUGAGCGGAAAGUACUUCCUCUGGAACCAACUCCCCUAAGAAUUUCUUAUCCGAAAGCUGAGUUUUGGAGCAAUUCAGUCAUUCCACUCUGCCGUUUUGAGGUUCACAGGUCAGGCUUCAUAGAAGAUCAAUCAAGUGGAGCUUUGGAAGUUGAUUUUGCAAACAAGUAUAUAGGAGGUGGUGCUCUUCAUAGGGGCUGUGUACAGGAAGAGAUCCGUUUCAUGAUCAACCCCGAGUUAAUUGCUAGCAUGCUGUUCAUGCCAUCUAUGGCAGAUAAUGAGGCUAUAGAAAUUGUUGGUGCGGAAAGAUUUUCGAAUUAUACAGGGUAUGCUUCUUCAUUUCGAUUUUGUGGUGACUAUGUGGACGAAAGGGAUUCAGACUCUCUUGGAAGACGUAAAACCAGGAUUAUUGCAAUAGACGCAUUAUGCAGCCCAGGGAUGAAACAGUAUAAACAAGAGUUACUCCUCCGGGAGACCAAUAAGGCCUUCUGUGGCUUUGUUCCUCGAUCGGGAUAUCGGGAGAACAAUAGAUUAGUUCGUGAGAAUGAACUCUGUUCAGUCGAUUCUACCGAGAUUCAGUCUUUGGAUUAUGUGGAUGAUAUUGGGAUUGCAACUGGGAAUUGGGGAUGCGGUGCUUUUGGAGGAGAUCCUAAAGUGAAGACCAUAGUUCAAUGGCUUGCUGCAUCUCAGGCACGAAGACCUUUGAUUUCAUACUACACUUUUGACAUGAAGGCAUUGGAAAACCUUGACCAGGUAAGCCGAUGGAUACAGCAGCACCAAUGGACAGUAGGAGAUCUCUGGGAUCUGUUGGUGGAGUACUCAUUGCAGAGAUGGAAGGGAGAGACUAAUGAAGGAUUCUUUACAUGGCUUCUUCCAUCUCUACUUGCCUCUAAUACAGACAUGUUGGAUUGAUCCAUGUUGUAGCUACAUGUUAUUCUUUCCUUACAGUUUACUAGUUUCAGUAGUUUGUAAAGAUAAAUUUCACAGUUAUAAAUGAAUCGGGCCAAAGGAGAGAAAUGCCCUUCUUGCAUAUGU